CCCUCUUCAAGAAUCAUGUCUAGCAAAUCCACCGUGAGAAGCCAAAGCAUCAGCUACCGUGGCUUCAGCACCAGCUCAGCCAGAGUCCCAGGGGUCUGCCGCUCUGGCUUCAGCAGUGUCUCUGUGUCCCGCUCCAGGGGCACUGGUGGCCUCGGUGGAGUGUGUGGAGGAGCUGGCUUUGGGAGCAGGAGCCUCUAUAGCCUGGGAGGCUCCAAGAGGAUCUCCAUCGGAGGGGGCAGCUGUGCCAUCAGUGGCGGAUAUGGUGGCCGAGUUGGAGGUGGCUUUGGCUAUGGAGGUGGAGCUGCCAGUGGAUUUGGUUUUGGUGCCGCAGCUGGUGGUGGCUUUGGGCUCGGUGGUGGAGCUGGUUUUGCUGGUGGCUAUGGGGGCUCUGGCUUCCCUGUGUGCCCCCCUGGAGGCAUCCAAGAGGUCACCAUCAACCAGAACCUCCUCACUCCUCUGAACCUGCAAAUCAACCCCACCAUCCAGCGGGUGAGGACUGAGGAGCGGGAGCAGAUCAAGACCCUCAACAACAAGUUUGCCUCCUUCAUCGACAAGGUGCGGUUCCUGGAGCAGAAGAACAAGGUCCUGGACACCAAGUGGACUCUGCUCCAGGAGCAGGGCACCAAUACUGUGAGGCAGAAUCUGGAGCCCUGGUUUGAGCAGUAUAUCAACAAGCUCAGGAGACACCUGGAGAGCUUAGAGGGGGAGAAUGUCCAACUGAACUCAGAGCUCAAGGACAUGCAGGACAUGGUGGAGGACUUCAAGAACAAAUACGAAGAUGAAAUCAACAAGCGCACAGCAGCAGAGAAUGAAUUUGUGACUCUAAAGAAGGAUGUGGAUGCUGCCUACAUGAAUAAGGUUGAAUUGCAAGCCAAGGUAGAUGCUCUCAUGGAUGAGAUCAACUUCACCAGAGCCUUGUAUGAAGCAGAACUGGCUCAGAUGCAAACCCACAUCUCAGACACUUCCGUGGUCCUGUCCAUGGACAACAACCGUAACCUGGACCUGGACAGCAUCAUCGCUGAAGUCAAAGCCCAAUAUGAGGAGAUCGCUCAGAAGAGCCGGGCUGAGGCUGAGUCCUGGUACCAGAGCAAGUAUGAGGAGCUGCAGGCCACUGCAGGCAGACUGAUGAAUGAUCUGCGCAACUCCAAGCAGGAGAUUACUGAGAUCAACCGCAUGAUCCAGAGGCUGAGAUCUGAGAUCGACCGUGUCAAGAAGCAGUGUGCCAACCUGCAGUCCGCUAUUGCUGAUGCUGAACAGCGUGGGGAGAUGGCCCUCAAGGAUGCCAAGAACAAGCUGGCUGAUCUGGAGGAUGCUCUGCAGAAGGCCAAGCAGGACAUCGCCCAGCUGCUGAAGGAGUACCAGGAGCAGAUUAAUGGCAAACUGGCCCUGGACUUGGAGAUUGCCACCUACAGGAAGCUACUGGAGGGUGAGGAGUCCAGGCUGAGUGGGGAAGGUGUUGGACAAGUCAACAUCUCUGUGGUGCAGUCCACCGUCUCCGGAGGCUAUGGCAGCGCUGGCGGCUAUGGCAGUGCCAGCGGUGUGGGCAGUGGCUCAGGCCUGGGCGGAGGCAGCGGCUACUCCUAUGGCAGCGGCCACAGCCUGGGAGCUGGCUUCAGUUCCAGCAGCGGCAGAGGCAUUGGGGGUGGCUUCAGCUCCUCUGGGGGCAGCAGUUCCACCAUCAAAUACACCACCACCUCAUCCUCCAGCAGGAAGAGCUACAAGCACUAAGUCCUGCCAUCAGCUCUUGGCCCCACGUUGUCCCAUCUACAACUGGAUUGCCCUCUCUCAGGCUGCUUCUCCUCUCCCGUCUCUGAUUUCUCUUACUCUCUGAGCAGAACCUGCUGAGUGCCUUCAUUUCUCAUCAUUGCCUAUACCUGGUCCACCUAAGUUUCCAUUGCUCAGCAUAGAAAUUCAACCUCUGAUUUAUACCUUAAUACAACCACAACUGGGGCCUCACUUUGUUACCAAAACAUUACUCUUGCCUCUUUGUUCCAUUAGUAAGCUGAGCAUUAGUAGGAUAUUACCUCUGCUCACUUUCAAUACAGAAACCUGCCUGGGUCCUACUCCUGAACAGUGCACUUUCUCCUUGUUUCCAUGCACCCAUGAAUUCUCCCAUAUUCUCUGUUUUGGGCACCUCCUCUCUUGUAGUGGUUGUGAAAGCACAAGUGACUAGUUCUACAGUGCAGAAAUCUGUAUCUCUCUGACAUUCCCUCUGCUCCUUGCUCUCUUCUAAUUGCUAAAUAAAACAAAUUUAUUGUAUAAUUUA